UUGUGCAUAUUUGAAUGUCGCAUGCUUGCCGGACCCCUCUUGUCAGUAAGGUGAGCACGUUCACUUUGAAAGGGACUUCAUAAGGAGGACAAUAAGGAGGACAAGCCGAUAUCGGAAUCACCGAAUCCCCAUGUGUCGUCCGUGGAACUGUGCGUACAAAGACCCGUAAAAUAAAGAAAAGGAGACUCCCUUAAUUACAAGAACCGCGGUGGAGUUGCUGAGACUUGGCGGGCGUUCAGACUCCGGCAACCGACGAUGCUGAAGUGAAACGGAAUAAGCUUCAUUCAACUCGCUGGACUUCUUCCUUGGUUUUUAUUUGGCACCGGAGUACUACCCCACUAACUAACCUAACAAGUGUGUCCACUGAAGGUACAACAGAUCUUCCUUUUCUUUUCUUAAAAAAAAAAAAAAUGCACUUCCAGCUUUGCUCCGAGGUGGCUCGCAAGUGUUGUCCAGGGAAGUGACUGACAGCUCGGCCACAGCUGCGCGUAAUCACCCGCUCCCUCCUUCCACCUCCACGGAAGUCUGUUUCCGUUCCUUUCAUUGUGUCGGGAUUCGUAAAAGUUGAACCCUUUUAAAAAAAAAGAAAAAAAAAAAGGCAAAGGGAUGAUUAUUUUUGUGUGUCAUUUAUGAUUUCUUUGGAGACGUUUCUUGGAACUUCACGAGGGGGCACAAGCGCUCUAGCUUGGCCGGGGAGAGGACGCUGGUCGGCGGCGUGAAGCCCGGGCAGGGACCGCCAUCAUCCAUCAGAUUAAGAUCAAGGCAGCCCUCGGAGGGACUGCACCGGAGAAGGGUCCACUCAUUCUGGGAUUAAACCACCACCUUUCCCGGGGAAUUCUACCAUGUCAGGUGCAGGGGAUUGCACAUGGUCCCUCCUCAUCUGUGUGAUGGCGCUCUCAUGUGCUCUCGCAGGGAAAGUCUCCCCGACCAGUUCCGACGGCCUCUUCGGCUCCUCGGCGGCGACGGCCCGUCCUACGCCCCCCAGCGUCUACCUGCCGGCCAACUUCAAAAUGUCCAACGCGCAGCUCGCCUUCUUUCUGCGAGAGGCUCAGGUCUCGGGACAAAACGCGGGGGCCAGCGGCGGACACCCUCUGCAGCGCUCUGAGAGUUUUGUGGUUUUCCAGACAAAGGACCUCCCUGCCAUCAAUAUCAGCUUCGGGCCUUUUGCCCGGGACCAGUCGCUGUCUAAGGAGUUGCUUCAGCCAACCAGUCCGCUGGACAUCCCUGGCCAGCUGACCGUCAACUGGAAGGUGCGAGCCUUCAUUGUCCAGUCCAGGGUGUUCUCCAACAACCCCGCGGUGCAGGUGUUUUUCUACAUCGCCGGCCGGGAUUGGGACGACUUCAAGGCUCAGGACAAGCUGCCGUGCGUCCGCCUGCAUGCCUUCCGCGACGUCCGGGAGAUUAAAACGUCGUGCCGCAUGAAAGGCAACCUGGCGCAGUGUCUGGCCCAGCUGGAGUUGCCGGCGACCUGGUUUAACACCAACGUGGCGCCCCUGGGUCGCCGGAAAGGCUCCGGGGACGGACUCCUGGACGGACUCACCGGCGAGACCCUCCAGACAGAGCUCUACUACACGCUGCACGAGCCCAACACGGAAGGCGAGUGCGGCGAGACCUCGGGCCACAGGGCCGGCGGAGGGUCCAGGGGGGAGCCUCUGUCGCAGCACCCCCUGCUGCGCAUCGGCAGCAUCAGCCUGUAUCAGGCCAGCCAGGAGCAGCUGCUGGUGGACAAGCAGCUGGACAAGAACAUGUUCCUCAGGCUGCCAGAGAAGCCUCUCAAGCCUGGAGAGACACUCAGGAUCUUCUUGUACUUGAUGCCCAACUCCUCUGUAGAGCAGUUCACCCUCAAGGUGAAGGCCAAGAAAGGGGUGAACCUGAUCCAGACCAAGUCGAAGAACGCCCAGUGGAAGGUGGAGUGGGAGGUCCUGUCGGGCGCCAAGCAUUCCAUCACCACCAUCGACGUGAGCAAAAACAGAGGCGUUAAACUAGGGGACCUUUUGGGGAACGCCGAGGUGAUGCAGUUGGACUUCGAGAUGGAGAACUUCACCAGCCUGUCGGUGACCAGACGCAUCAACUGGAACAUCGACUACAAGGGCCAGAGUCCGCCAAGCGAGUCGGAGAAGGUGGUGACCGAGUUGACGGUCGUGCAACGGGACAUCCAGGCCAUCCUCCCUCUGGCCAUGGACACCGAGAUCAUCAAUACGGCCAUCCUGACGGGCCGCACGGUGGCCAUCCCCGUCAAGAUGGUCUCCAUAGAGAUGAACGGCGCGGUCACGGACGUCUCGGCCUUCGUGCAGUGCAAGUCGUCCAACGAAGACAUCGUUAAGGUCUCCAUGAAUUGUGACUACGUGUUUGUCAACGGCAAAGAGACUCGGGGCUCCAUGAACGCCAGGGUCAUCUUCAGCUACGAGCACCUGAGCGCGCCCCUGGAGUUGACUGUGUGGGUGCCCAAGCUGCCCCUGCAGGUUGAGCUGUCGGACAACAACCUGAGCUUCAUCAAGGGAUGGAGGGUGCCCAUUCUGCCCGACAGAAGGAGCACCAGAGACAGCGACGCGGACGAGGAUGACGACGAGCGCCGGGUGAGCCGAGGAUGCACCCUGCAGUACCAGCGGGCCCUGGUCAAAGUUCUGACGCAAUUCCACACCACGUCCACCGAGGGCACGGACCAAGUCAUCACCAUGCUGGGACCCGACUGGCAGGUGGACGUCACGGACCUGGUCCAGGACUCGCUGAAGGUGGCCGACCCCCGGAUAGCGGAGCUGGUGGACAGGACGAUCUUGGUGGGCCUGGAGUUGGGUUCCACCGUGUUAAAGGUGGACUCUCCGCUGGCUGUGGACGCCGUGCUGGGACAGACGGCCUUCUCUGUCACGGACGACAAGGUUUCCAUCACCGAGCUCCGCGUCCACGCCGUUUCGGGCCUGACCCUGACGCUGCAGCCCAGCCCAGGCAACAGCCACACCAUGGUUGCCAAGGCGACGGGUCUGCAGACGCUCACCGCUCCCAAACAGGAGGCCAGUCUGUCCGUCUGGAUGUUCUUCAGCGACAACACGGCCGCCACGCUGACUUACUUCGAUCCCAAAGACUACAACUUCAACGCCUCCUCGCUGGACGACAAGGUGGCGUCGGUGUCCCAGGAGCCCCAGCAGCGUUGGCCCGUGGUGGUGGCAGAAGGCGAGGGCUCCGGCGAAGUGGUGCGCGUGGAGAUGACCAUCGGCGAGGCCUGCCAGAAGACCAAGCGCAAGAGCGUCAUCGCCUCGGCCGGCAUCCACGUCAAGGUCCGCUUCGGCCCGGAGGACGACUCCGAAGAGGAGGUGACCACCGAGGGAGAAGCGGAGUCGGCCCCUGUUACCCGACGUCCUGUCCUGGAUCCCAACGUAAGCGGGCGGAUUUACGAGACGUCCAACGAGCAGCCCGCCAGCGUUCCCAUCGAUUACACCAACUUCCCCACCAUCAGCAACCAGGAGCCGCCCACUGAGAUGGACGAGGAAGAAGAGGACGAGGACGACGACUUUGUACACUCGCGUCGCAACAUGACCGACCUGGAGAUCGGCAUGUACGCCCUCCUGGGCGUCUUCUGCCUCGCCAUCUUGGUCUUCCUCAUCAACUGCAUCGUCUUCGUGCUCAAGUACCGCCACAAGCGGAUUCCUCCGGAGGGCCAGGCCAACAUGGACCACUCCCACCACUGGGUCUUCCUGGGCAACGGCCAGCCGCUGCGGGCGCAGUGCGACCUGUCGCCGCAGCAGGCGGAGAGCCCCGGCAACCCCCUGGAGGGCGUCCAGACCUGUUGCCACGGCGACCACCACAGCAGCGGCAGCUCCCAGACCAGCGUGCAGAGCCAGGUGCACGGGCGCGGCGACGGCAGCUCCGGCGGCUCCACCAAAGAGAACGGCGAGGACGCCAGCUCGCCCACGUCCAAGCGCAAGCGGGUCAAGUUCACCACCUUUACCACGCUGCCCUCCGAGGACCUGCCCUACAACUCCAUCCCCGUCGCGGACGAGGAGGACAUCCAGUGGGUGUGCCAGGACAUGGGCUUCCAGGACCCCGAGGAACUGCACGACUACAUGCGCAGAAUAAAAGAAAUCGCCUGAGAGCCGAGGCGCCGCGCUCUCCUUUUUACCCGUUCCCCCUCCCUCCCCCCCACCAACCCCCCUCCCGCCGCAGUGGAAGACCAAAACCUUUCACGGACUCGGUAAGUUUUGCUUUGUUCCGUUCGUUUUUGCACAGUGCUGUGAUCUUCGACACGCUCGCACUCGCCACUGAGGAGCAACAACAACAAAAAAACAGAAAUUAUAUUUAAAAAAGGAAGUGAGGACGCAGAAGGAAGCCAAAGACGGACGAUCUUGAAGAUCUAAGCCAGGCGCUAGCUUCUUUGGGCUUCAGUGGAAGUGGACGCGAGCAAAGAGGCCUUUGAUGAACACUACAAAAACACUCUCAUUAAAGGCUAAACUUCUUUAUUCUAUUUUUUUUUUCUUUGCCAAAGUAGGAAAAGAGUCAACGGCCGUACUUUUUCGUCAUCUUCUUUUGUGUCAGCUGCACAGAUAUCAUUUGUACUCACCGCUUACGUUUUUCUACACAAUCCACUGCCCUCCUUCUACUUGCCACUACUACACCAGUACGUACGGUAAGGAAGCGAUCAUACGGCCACAUUUCUGGGAGGCAAUGCUAACUGCUGAAAAUGGUGGAAAGGGCCACUCCCAAGUUGGAAACGCCACAAAACACAUUAUAAGAUACUCAGCACUCCGCUGCCAUCUGGCGGCGAAUGUGGAUAGUGCAACCCUCCCUCCACACACACACACUAUUUGUCACGUUUCACGUGUCAGGUCAACCGUGACGAACGGGGGGGUUGGCAUAUGAAUCCCCUUCCUACUGGCCCCAGGACAGUUCCGAUGCCUUACUAACACACACACAGGUCACGGCGCACCGGUAGCGUGUGUGUGCGUGCAGCGUCUUACCCCGUAGCAAGCAGCUCUGUGCGUGGCGAGGAUCUUUGCAUGGACGGCGUCACUUACAACUAUUAUUAUUUAUUAUUAUUAUUAUGAUUAUUGCCAUUUUCAUCACCCAAAUUUGUAAAUGUGGUAAGAAUAUACUCAUGCAUUAUGCGCAUGCCAUGAUGAUGUCACAUACAUGCAAACAUUCCUCUCUGCUGUGUAUAUAUUGACAUAUAUACAGAAAUAUAUAUCUAAGACGGCUGCUUGCACAGACAAAAAAGCGCCAUGAAAAUUGUAGCUGUUUUUUUAAAUUAUUAUUAUUUUUAUUUUUGGAAAGAACUGUUUGACUGUUAUAGUUGGAAAUUGCAGAAUUUUUGCCCCACACCCCAAAUUUGUUUUUAUCCGGAGCAUAAAAAAAAUUCUAAUGUCAGCGUUAAUCCACAAGAAGGCCAGCGGAGAGACGUAGUGUGUGUUGGUGAUUUCGGUCGUCAUAUUUUUUCUUUUUUUUUUCUCCAAAGUAUUCGGAUGCAAACGACAGACGUGUGUGUGGGUGAAAUGUAAUUCCCGAGUAAAAAGAUUAACCUGGGUGAUGUGCAAGCUAAGUUGUGUGUUAUCGCACAUGCCACUAAUUAUCUGGUGACGUUUUCAAAAAAUGUGAAUUUGGGUCGUUCAAAUUCUGUGUAACAUGUAUUUGGUACUUUUAGAGGCACGGACCGAAUUCCGGCUGUACUACCGGGUACCGAGUCACGGAUAAAUUAACAUUGCCAUAGAGCGUCACGCCCGUUUGGCAAACCAGUCGGCACCGACUCAAACACUUGGCAGGGAAACGAGCACUCGGAACAGAUUCAGUCAGAUUGCCUCAGGUUUCAAAGUCAAAGCCCAGGGGCCACAUCUGGUCCGCUGCAUUAAAUGGAAUUAAUGAAUUAAUUCAUUCAUAAGUGUCUUUUCUUACUAAAUGUAGUUGACUAAUAAUUCUGACAGAAAAAGAAUACAUGUAAUGUAUGCCAUUUUUUUUUAUCUUUUAAAAUUGAUCUAAAAUUGCAACAAUUAUGUUAUCCUACAUUCCUGAAAAAAUGUUUUUGUUAAAAUCAAAAUAAGCGAGUCAGGAUUUUAAAACAGGUUAUUCCUUUAAAAAAAAAAUUUUACUAUAAAAUUUUUAUUGAAUACAUUUUUGUUAGUUUUUUUAUUAAUCAGUCCGACAAAAUAAUACACAGUGAUACCUUAAUAACUCAUAUCCAAUUCCAGAACCAAACCCAGCCCAGCAACAUUCAGAAUAAAAAACCAACAGAGCAAUUGAGAAUGGAAAUGGAAAAUGGCUUAUUGAUAAAAACUGAUUUGAAAAAAAAAAAAUGUGGCAAUACACCGUAAAAGCAAAAAAAAAAAAAACAUAGAUUUUACAAUCAAAACAUUAAAACAGAUUUUUAUUUUCAUGCACAUGCUGUAAAGAAAAACAUUGUACUUUUUACGGUAAAAUUUUGGCAAACCUCACAGCUGUUUUUUUACUGUAAAAUCUACAGAUUUGUUUACAGUGUACGUAAAAAUAUAUAUACAAUUAAUGAAUAAUUGUAUAAUGCCAUCAUAAGACAUUUUAUAUGUUAGCGUAUGUUAGUUUCCAUGCCAACCAAGCAAGUAUGCCUGAUAGAAAGCGAUCAAAAGUGAGGCUGCCUUUUUCAAAAUGGCUUGAUGCUAAUUUACUAGCUAGCGUUAGCGAUCUUUAGACACUUUCAAAUUUGGAAACGAAAAUUACUUUUUAAAAGCACAUUACAAUCAAAACAGCUGGUGUGUACAAUACUUAUAGUAUCAAGACUUUUUAGGGAUCAACACAAGAUAAGACUGGCACAUUCCACUAAAGGGCACAUACAUUAUUCUUAUUUUGUGUGUGUUUUUAUUUUACUAAACCAAUAAUAAAACACAUCAAAGGAAAGCAAUAUGUUGACACACUUUCGUAUCUUCUGCUGAUUUUGGAGACACAAAUGUGAGUCAAAGAUCCUCUAUUUGACAGGAGCGACAUACAAUCGAUGUUGCGUCAUUUCUAACGUGGCAUCCCUGUGAAAACAACACAGGAAAUCUGGCCAUGACGUCAUCCGGGUUGCACCUAACGUGGUUUGCACAUGGUCCAGGUGGAGUGUAAAACGGCUCCCGAUGUAAAACAUAAGUCACAAAUGACAUGUAUUCUCCUGUAACCUUUCAUCUGGACUACAUGUCAUCCGUCGUUUUAUAUAAUCCGUGUAAUCUGGAUUCGGUGUCAUCCCUGUGGAUUUAUCUCAGGUUGCCGAUGACAUUUCGAAAUAACACGGCUUCAGAAAGCGAAGAAAAGAAAUAUACGACAAAAAGGCGUUUUGAUAAAUUGUGCUUUUUCGGCAUUGGGCUCCAGUUUUGAGCUGAGGGCGUUUUGAAGUUUCUUUAAGAUCCUUUUUUUUUUCAUUUUAUUUUAUUCCACACACCAUGAGACAAAAUAGUUGUUGUUGUUUUGUUUUUUUAGACCGCUUUAAGGGAUUGGGUAAGUCUCAAAGCGGAUUGGGACACCUUCGUUGUGCUGAGAAAGAACUGCAUUUUUGGUGUCUGUUGCCCCGGUGGAUUCUUUAAAGACCCAAUCCAGAUUUGUUUCGGCAAAAACAAGCUCUGCAUUUUUGCUUUUUAAAAUCGUCUCUAUUUGAUUUGAAGGACAACACGUCCAUUUCAUUUAGUCCGGAAAGCAUUUUUCCCCUGCAAAAAUGCGCCUUGAGAGUGCCUGACCUCCACCAAAUCCAAUUUAAAAAACAAACCCAGCCAUUUUUAUAUUUUAAUGUAUCGGCUCUCGCUUUUUGUAGACCAUGCAAGAUUUUCAAAAAAACUUUGCUCCAAGAAUUAUAAAUAAAUAACCAAACUGCUUAUUUAUUUUUUUCCACAACACAAGCAUAUACAGUCAUGGUCAAAAGUCUACAUAAAAAUGUUAAGAACAUAAGGUCAUGGCUGUCUUGAGUUUCCAAUCAUUUCUACAACUCUUUUUUGGGGGGGAUUGAGUGAUUGGAUCACAUACUUGUUGGUCACAAAAAACAUUUAUAAAGUUUGGUUCUUUUAUGAAUUUAUUAUGGGUGUACUGAAAAUCUGUGCUGCGUCAAAAAUUGUAAUAUUUGGUUACAUGUCCCUUGGCAAGUUU